UUGCCUCAAAGUUGCCCCUCCGAAUUUUGAUAUUGCACGUAAAUCCAGAACAACCAUCGCUAUUGCUAGUAAAUUCGUGAUCCAACUUGUAACCAGUUCAUCAAAGUUCCGUAUCGGAUAGAGACAGAUAGCCAAGAUGUCGACGACUGUGGACAAGAUCAAAGAUGUUGAGUCCGAGAUGGCUCGGACUCAAAAGAACAAGUCGACAUCGUAUCAUUUAGGACAACUCAAAGCGAAGCUUGCCAAAUUAAAACGUGAACUUCUCACUCCUAGUGGCGGAGGUGGCGGAGGUGGAGUGGGAUUCGACGUUGCAAGAACUGGUGUGGCGAGCGUGGGAUUUAUCGGAUUCCCGUCCGUGGGCAAAAGUACGCUUAUGAGUCGCUUGACGGGUCAACAUUCAGAAGCUGCGGCAUAUGAAUUCACAACUCUUACCACCGUACCUGGUCAAGUUGUCUACAACGGUGCGAAGAUUCAGAUGCUGGAUCUGCCUGGUAUCAUUCAGGGGGCGAAGGACGGUAAGGGUCGAGGUCGUCAAGUUAUUGCGGUUGCGAAGACUUGCCAUCUCAUCUUCAUCGUCCUUGAUGUGAACAAACCGCUCACCGACAAACGUGUCAUCGAAACCGAAUUGGAGGGCUUUGGGAUCCGAAUCAACAAGCAGCCGCCGAACAUCACGUUCAAAAAGAAGGAAAAGGGAGGCCUCGCAAUUACCAGCACGGUGCCGCUGACCCACAUUGACCAUGACGAGAUCAAGGCGGUGAUGUCGGAGUACAAGAUCAACUCCGCUGACAUUGCCAUACGGUGCGAUGCGACAAUUGACGACCUAAUCGACGUCCUGGAAGCGAAGAGCAGAGCGUACAUUCCCGUCAUUUAUGCGUUGAAUAAGAUCGAUGCCAUUUCCGUUGAGGAGCUUGAUCUCCUGUACCGGAUCCCACACGCGUGUCCCAUCAGCUCCGAGCAUGGAUGGAACGUCGACGAGUUACUCGAGCAGAUGUGGGAGAUGCUCAAUCUCCGCCGGGUUUACACGAAGCCCAAGGGAAAGAUGCCCGAUUACUCCGAACCCGUGGUACUGCGUGCAAACGCCUGCACAGUGGAAGACUUCUGCGGCCAGAUUCACAAAAGCAUCCUGGAGCAAUUCAAGCAGGCGAUUGUGUACGGGAAGUCUGUGAAGCAUCAGCCCCAACGUGUCGGUUUGGCUCACGAGCUAGCGGAUGAAGACAUCAUCACCAUCAUCAAACGAUAAGUAUCAACGACGACGGAAUGGCUAAACGGCUACUAGCAACCGGUCAAAAGACUGGGCGGCGAAACUGCAAAUUGAGUGGUGAGAACAAGGGAUCAUGAGGCUUCAAUUGUAUUGCAAAUACCCACAGCGUUGGAACCGGCACCCGACGAGUACGAUGUAAGAGAAUCAGCUGUGCCGCGCAUCGCGGAACGGGCGGGAAUCAUCAAAAUCCUCGUCAAUAUUCACGGGAUAAAAAUCUGGGACACGAGAGCUAUCGAAAUGUCCUUGGUUCCGAGUCGCUGCUCGCUACGAUAGCCAGAACAAUGAGAGGCGUUCAAAAUCCAACAUCACUGAAAGGUUCAACUAACUUGUCGCGCCGUUCCAACUUCCAUUUGUGUUCCGCGGAAACAUCACCAAUGAAGAUGCUUAU